AUGAACAGUGAUAAAAAGAAAUAUUUUAAUAAUAAUAAUCAAAAUCAAGACUUUGAUUUACCAAACUUUGAUGCAAAUUAUAGAGAUUUAGAUUAUGAAAUAAGUGAUUCACAACAACAAUCUGUUAAUAAAAACAAUAAAAGCAAUAAUAAUAAUAAUAGUAAUAAUAAUAACCAAAAAAUAAAAAUAAGUAAUUUAUCAUAUAUCAAUAAAAAUAAAAUAAAUAAUAAUAAUUCAUUUGAAAAUUUUAAAAAUGGUGAAGAUGAUGAAAUGAGAGGAGGAAAUGUCAAUACCUCUGAUGAAUCAAUUGAAUCUGAUAAUCAAAUUGGUGAUAACAAUACAACUAGUAGUAGUUUUAAUGAUAAUUAUUGGUCAAAAAUAAAACCAAAACCAAUACAACCAAUACAACCACUACAACCACUACAACCACUACAACAACAACAAUCACCCCAACAACCUAAACAUAUUGUAGGAGGAGGAGGUAGUAAUAUAUUUAAAUCACCUUUAAAAACUGAUUAUAAUAAAAAAGAUAUCGAUUCAUUUCAAUGGGAUCAAUAUGAAAAACAACAAUUUAAUCAAAAUAUAUUGAAUGAUAAUCAUUCUUCUAGUAGUUUUAAUGGUGGUAGUGGUGCAACAUUUCAAGAUUUUAAAUCAAAAUUAACCUCACCAUUUAAACAAUCUUUAAACAGCAAUCAGUCUCCAAUAAAAUCAAAAUAUACCCCAAAGAAAGCUUUUCCUCAAGCUAAAGGUUUAGUAUUCGAAGAUGAUGAUAUAUUCAAUGAAUCAAAUAAUAAUAUCAACAAUUUUAAUAGAUCCAUUCAACAACAACAACGAAAUAAUCAACAGCAACAACAUAGUCAACAGCAACAACAUAGUCAACAGCAACAAAAUAACAAAAGACCAAUUGGUAUUAUGCAAACCAAUAAUUAUAGUAAUAAUAAUGAUAAUGGCUAUAAUAAAAAUAAUAAUUAUAUUAGUAGUAGUUAUGAUGAUUAUAUAAACCCGACCCAAUCUAGUAUUUCAUUAACACCAACUCAAGAUGCAAAUAGAUAUUACUUAAAUAAUAACAAAAAUAAUGAUGUCAAUACCAUUGAUAGUCCUAUUAUAAUAGAUAAUCAUCAGAAGCCAGCACAGAAUAAACAAAAUCAAACAAACAAACAAAAAGAAAAACAAAUAUUAAUUGUAAAUAAUCAAUCAAACCCAUAUAAUGAUAAUGUAUUUAAUUUUUCAAAGAGAUCAGAUAGUUUUAAAGAAGAUAAAAAGCACUUUGGUGCAAUGUUGAGAGAUUCUUCUCAAUAUUACUCGAACAACAACAACAACAAU